AUCUUUUAUACUUAUAAUCCAUAUUAUGGGUACUUGUGAAUCAGAUAUUUACAAUCCAAAUGAAAGUUAACUUGAUUCCGAUUAAGAAUAUAUUGAAACAGAUUUUAUGCAAUAUGUUGUUUUAGCUAAUUGGAAACCUGAUUAGAAUGAUGGAUCUAAUACCAAUAAUUAGUUAAAUUUUGGAAAAUAAAAUCCAAAUUAUAAUAAUGAUCAUAAUCAUAUUAACAUGCAUCAAAGUUUAAUCUAGUAAUCAAGAAUAACUUAAAUAUCCAACAAUUUCAAUAAUAAUUAUUCAAAUAUAUAAUAUGCUAAUUCUAAACCUUUUAAUUAAUAUGAAUAAAAAUUUGGAGGUUCCACUCUUGCUGUUAGCAGAUAUACUUAAAUAAGUAAAUCAGAUAUCUUGUUUUAAGAAUAAAAUCUAUCAAAAUAACCAUUUAAUUAUUAGUUUGGAAAUUUACAAUAAUCUUAAAUAAAGUAAGUUCAAUUUUGA